ACUGACACGCAGCUUUGGUUAAAGAGCGGGCGCACAGGAGGGGAGGAGACGGCGCGCGGGACGGGGAGGAAUGGCCUGUCCCCGUUAAACCAUCACAAGCCAUGGUUGCGGAAGGGCCACGCGCCCCCCAGUAGGGGAAUGACUCCGAUUCGUGACCCGCAGCGCCGGUGCAUGUCGAUGUAAGUGCGAGGCCGGCGAGCAGAGUGUGAGUGGGGGUUGGUGGUGAGGGGAGAUUCUGAUGCAAUCGGCCCGGAAAGGAGGAGAGCCAGGCGAGCGCGGACUGGGACAGCCACGCCACUCCGCCUGAAGGUCGCCAGGAGCCUCCGCCCUUCACCUUCCUCGGAAAUCCGCCAGGCCACGCCAAGCUCCCUGCCCAGCCCUCACUGACGGGGGCCACAUUUUCCCGGCCUCCGCAGCCAGACCUUGACACAAAGGACAUCAAACUGCCGAGGGUAAAAACCCCGGAAGGGCGGACACCUCCACAUCGCCUUUUGCCACCUUUCUCUUUAUUUCCGGAGAUAUUUAUUGAGUGUCUACUGUGCGCCAGGCACUAUACCUAUGUGCAUAGAAAAACCCUGGAAGGCCAUACAACAAUAUAUAUAGAGAGUGAUCGUCUCUGCUUGCUGAGAUAACAGGGGUGUCAAGCUUCCAUUUGGGUAUCUACUUCUAAAUACACUCAGAACAGAAGAAAUUUGGACUAAUUUUCAAACUACAGAUACUUUCUAAUCAUGAUGCAUUUCAAAAGUGGACUCGAAUUAACUGAGUUGCAAAACAUGACAGUGCCUGAGGAUGAUAACAUUAGCAAUGACUCCAAUGAUUUCACCGAAGUAGAAAAUGGUCAGAUAAAUAGCAAGUUUAUUUCUGAUCGUGAAAGUAGAAGAAGUCUCACAAACAGCCAUUUGGAAAAAAAGAAGUGUGAUGAGUAUAUUCCAGGUACAACCUCCUUAGGCAUGUCUGUUUUUAACCUAAGCAAUGCCAUUAUGGGCAGUGGGAUUUUGGGACUCGCCUUUGCCCUGGCAAACACUGGAAUCCUACUUUUUCUGGUACUUUUGACUUCAGUAACAUUGCUGUCUAUAUAUUCAAUAAACCUUCUAUUGAUCUGUUCAAAAGAAACAGGCUGCAUGGUGUAUGAAAAGCUGGGGGAACAAGUCUUUGGCACCACAGGGAAGUUCGUAAUCUUUGGAGCCACCUCUCUACAGAACACUGGAGCAAUGCUGAGCUACCUCUUCAUCGUAAAAAACGAACUGCCCUCUGCCAUAAAGUUUCUAAUGGGAAAGGAAGAGACAUUUUCAGCCUGGUACGUGGAUGGCCGCGUUCUGGUGGUGAUAGUUACCUUUGGCAUAAUUCUCCCUCUGUGUCUCUUGAAGAACUUAGGGUAUCUUGGCUAUACUAGUGGAUUUUCCUUGAGCUGUAUGGUUUUUUUCCUAAUAGUGGUUAUUUACAAGAAAUUUCAAAUUCCCUGCAUUGUUCCAGAACUAAAUUCAACAAUAAGUGCUAAUUCAACAAAUGCUGACAUGUGUACGCCAAAAUACGUUACCUUCAAUUCAAAGACCGUGUAUGCUUUACCCACCAUUGCAUUUGCAUUUGUCUGCCACCCGUCAGUCCUGCCAAUUUACAGUGAGCUUAAAGACCGAUCACAGAAAAAAAUGCAGAUGGUUUCAAACAUCUCCUUUUUCGCCAUGUUUGUUAUGUACUUCUUGACUGCCAUUUUUGGCUACUUGACAUUCUAUGACAACGUGCAGUCAGACCUCCUUCACAAAUAUCAGAGUAAAGAUGACAUUCUCAUCCUGACAGUGCGGCUGGCUGUCAUUGUUGCUGUGAUCCUCACAGUGCCGGUGUUAUUUUUCACGGUUCGUUCAUCUUUAUUUGAACUGGCUAAGAAAACAAAGUUUAAUUUAUGUCGUCAUACUGUGGUUACCUGCAUACUCUUGGUUGUUAUCAACUUGUUGGUGAUCUUCAUACCCUCCAUGAAGGAUAUUUUUGGUGUCGUAGGAGUUACAUCUGCUAACAUGCUUAUUUUCAUUCUUCCUUCAUCUCUUUAUUUAAAAAUCACAGACCAGGAUGGAGAUAAAGGAACUCAAAGAAUUUGGGCUGCCCUUUUCUUGGGCCUGGGGGUGUUGUUCUCCUUGGUCAGCAUUCCCUUGGUCAUCUAUGAUUGGGCCUGCUCAUCGAGUAGUGACGAAGGCCACUGAGACCCGCCAAGAAAAAGAAACAUCCCUGUUGUCUGCUCAGUCAAGUCCCCACACAUCAGCAAUCUCUCACCACUUCUUUUGCAAGUUUACAGAAGCAAACAGAAAUGUACAGGAUACUUAAAAUGGAAUAACUCUUUGGUUGUAAAACAGAGACAUGUUUCUAUAAUGCUUCAUGUCCCUCCAAGAUUUGAGAUCAAUUUAGGGAUUGUGAAUUUUUUUUUUUUUUCAAAUUUCAUACAAUCAUAUUUCCCAGUACUUUUCACAAUCAUUUUGUACCCGUCUAACUCUAUGUUUUGUGGCUUCCCGGUCUCCUAGAACUUUGAAAACAUGAUAUGCAAUCAUGUUUAUUUAUUAUACAUCCAGAUUCUGAAAUAAUUUUCCUACUGAUGUUCAGCUCACACUAUCUGUACCUUUUUAGAAGAGAAAAGAAUCUUGAAUUGUAUAUAUUUAUUUUGCUUUACAGAAAAAAAUGGUUUCGUAAAUAAUUUGCCUAUUUUGGUUAACAUAGCACACAGAGAUAAUCAUCUGAAAGUUAUAGGGCACUGCCACUGCUGAAUCAGAGCAUGCCCAAUAUUUGAGGUGGCUCUGAUUUCCUGGCAGCUGAGCUCGGGUAGGCCAGUGGCCUAGCUGGUACCACAUCUGUCCCCAUCCAGAGACAUUCUCUGGUAAGUGUUCUCAGCUGAAAAGUGGUUGGGGAUGAUUCUUACCUUGGUAAUUAAAUGAAGCUACACAUUUCGGUAAUCUAGCAAAUGAAGUAUUGUUUCCCUCUUGGCAACUUGUGUCAGAGUUACUCUGGUCUGAGUAAACUUUCGCUGGGGAAAACCUAUGGAACCUACUGCAAAAAGAUUGUCCAAAAUACCUAAGAAAAUACUCCUCUGAUGCAUUUAGCCUUCAACCCUACCUGUCUUGUUGAAGGGAGAAAAAUGUUUUAGUACAUUAUAGGCCCAGCAGCUUUUAUUCAUGUCCACCAGCUAGUUGCACAGAGAAUCAUGUGUACCUAACUAAGGAUGAUCUAGGAUAAGUAACUCCUGUUUUAUAUUGAGUACUUUAGGGAAGUCUUUAAAAGACUUGUUUUAUAUCUAUAAAUCUAGGUUAUUACAAAUACAAGAUUUUUGUACCUUAAAUAAGCCUCAUUUCUAUUUCUUCUUCAUUAAUUCUCCAUCUAGUCUUGUGAAAAAAAAAACCCUCAGAGAUAGUCUUUGUGAAGAGCUUCUGACAGAAUCACUGAGUACCUUCCUUCCCCCAGAUGAGGAAGGCAAGGGGGUCUCAGUGUCUGUGCUGUCUUCUCUUCUUUUCCCCAACCAAGGACUGUGCCAUUACUGCCCAUCUCAACUGUCCAUGCAGGAGGACAGAGUUGCCUGGUACUCUUACCCUAGUCCCUCUCCUAAAGGGAGCACGAGGAAACUGAAGAGACUGAAAAAGAAGAGAGUUUGUAGCUGAAAAAGGAAUAGGGAUAGCAAGGAAACCCAGAACUGCAUUCCCCUAAGCGGGGCCAUCCCCUGUGAUUGAAUUGUCCAUAGCUUGCCUAUGGUGAGAAAUGUGCGUGCUCCGUGAGCUGGUCUCUUGAAACAGGACUUAUGUUUCCUCUGUAUUCUAGUUGAAUUUUCCAAACACAUAAGUUCACUGAGCACAGAUUUCUUAUCCAGAGAUAAGUAGAAUCUAACCGCAGACUGUUGGCAGAGUUUCCAGGCACUUAGCCGUGUUCCCUUCCUGACUCAAAUCCCCAAAGGCCUUCACUCUCACUGAGAAUCACACUAAUGUCCCAUAGAUAAGGCAGGCAUUGAAGCACCUGUCGUGAUCCUCUUGGGGGGAGAAUGAAAGGUUAUUUCCUGCAUUGCAUCAUCAUAGCCUUUAAUAUAAUGCUACAGAAUCAAAUCCACAUUAGAGUUCAGAUAUUUGGAUAUGAAUACCUAACCUAGCCAUAUCCAUGGCCAUCUCUGUCCUUUUCAGCAAUGUUUUCCAUAUUAUAUUAGCAAUGACAAACAGAACAAGCCAAGAUUCAGUCAGUUCUUGGGUGCUUGUCUAGAGCACCAAGUAAUGAAAUAGCCAGGUAGUGGGAUGACCUUACCUUUAAAAAUGCAUAAUUUAGUUUGCAAGCUAUAUUAUGCUACUUUCUAUUUUCCUCGUUACUUUAUAGCAAUUCAUUUUACACUCACAAAGUCAAUUUAGAACCUUAUCAUUAACUGGGAUGUGUAGUGAUAUUUUUGGGCCUCUGGGUUUCAUUUGUCAAUACAAGGAAUAUUUAUUUAAAAUAGAUUUAUUUAGAGGGGGCACAGUGUUGUUGAUCUGUGUGAUACCACACAUAUUUUUAAAAACCUUUGUAUGUUUAUCUAAAUUUGUUGUUGACUGAAUAUAAUAGACCCUACCAUAAUUUGUCAAAUAUCACUGAUUAGUUACAUCCUUUGUGUGGGAUUAGCUGUAAAGUAUACUGCUCUUAUUCUUAUUCAGAAUAGUUAAUUGGUAGCCAAAAAUACAUGUAUCACAGAUGUUAGGUCGAAUUGAAACAGCACAGUCAAGUGCUGUGGAAGUUUUUCUGCUAAAUUAGUAGAUUAAAGAAUACUAUACCCUAGGCAUGGGCAGCAGCACGUUUUCCUUUGGUAGGUAGGAUCUCUAUACUAGUGAACAGUGCCAGUUUCACACUUUGGAUUUAGAACUGUUCUCUAGUUAUUGUAGCACAGAAUACUGUCAAUCCCUAAUUUACUUAAUGUUACUUAUUGGAAGUGGGGCUGAUGAAAUAUGCACAGGAGGGAAAUCUACUCUGUUUAGGCACAGGCAGCCCCAGUCUGUAAGGAGGUCAUAUUCCAAAAGGUUGUCAGUUGGUUGUUUGCAACCUGCAAUGUAUUUUCCUUUAGAGACCAGGUUAUCCAUGGUGGUUAGGCCCCUAGAGCAGCUGGAAAAGAUGAUCAAACCCAUAGAUUAGCUGAAAUCAAAUAAUGUAAUAGGUUUGCCAAAGAAUCUAACCAUCAAAUAUAAUAUUGUUUCCAGGGAGGGUGUUUGUUCAGAGUUGCCUGUUAGUAGAAUCUGGACUGUCCAUCCCAGCCACAUCCCACCUACUGGACAGUAGGGGUAGAGAUGCCACCAGACUACAGGUGACCGGAGUGGCCUGAAACAUGGUGUCCAGCAAAAAUGGGGAGGAAUAAGUCCAUGACUGCCAGAGAGCCUGGUGGUAGGAGGAGGGUGAAGGAGGGUGAGGGGGCCUCUCAUGGGUCAGAAACCUCCAGGGACAUCCCUCAGCUUGUACCUCUGCUGUUGUCCGGAGGGUUCAGGCUUGGUCUGCCUUCUUCUGUUUGUCUGACUUUUGGCUCUUAUGGUUCAUCUCCUGCCCUGCCCACCACAGAAAAGGAUGCUACUGCACAGCUUCUCCCAUGUACCAGUCAUUGAGGCCAGCUCACAGCACUUUUAAUGUUUUUAGUGCUAGUAACCAUGUUUUAACUCUCCAGGAAUCAGCUGGGAGGUUAGAAAACAAGAAAAAAGGAAAAAAAAAAAGCUCUCCACCCACUUUCCUUUUUUACAGUUACACACCCUGUUGAGAAAAAGAAGCACCCAGAUGGGUGAUGGUGAUAGGGCUUGUGGUAGACACAGGUUGUGGUAAGAUUCCUCAGUGCUUUGGAGAGCACCUAAGACUGUUACCCUGGAACUGACUGCUUUCUAGAGCUUGAUUCAUGCCUCUAAGCCAGUGGUUCUCAAAGUAUGGCCCCUAGACCAGUAGCAUCAGCAUCAUCGGGGACCUCAUCAGAAUGCAGAUUCUCAGCCCCCUCCCAGACAUGGUGAAGUCAGAAGCUCUCAGGGAGGGACUCAGUAAAUGAUUCUAAAGUGCAUCAAGUUUGAGAACCACCCUAAGCCAAUGAAUCUCCCUUUUACUUCCCAUUAGUCCUACCUCACCAGAUGAUUCCUAGGACUCAUGGUGCAAGAUACAGGAGCCAGGCUUUAGGGAGGGGAGGAAAGGAGCCUGGCGGCAGAGGUCUCUGCAAUGGCAAGAAAGUGAGCGAAUCCAGCGCUGCCACCUGGUCAUCCCCCUCUCGUUGAAAAUACCAGUGCAAGUGCAAAUUCCUAAACACAGGCUGCCUGCACUCGGUGUUACCUCGGGCUGAGGCAUGAUAAUAUUUUCUUUUUUAAAGCUGUGAGGAAAUGAAAGUGAGGGUUUGGUAGGGGCAGGGCAGUUGUGAA